UAGAAAUUUGAGGGGAUCAUUCUUUUAUAAUCGGAAAAAUUCUAUUAAACCGCAACGAUAAAACAUGAAGAUAGGUUCCUUUCUGGAUCUCGCUGAAGAUGUCGAUUUUAUUGUUAAAACUGCAAUUGAACGAGACCCGAAUAAGAGGAAAGUUAAACCUGUAGAGCAGGCCUGUGUGUUGGAUUUCGAUGAGGAAAGCAGUGAUGAUUCAGAUUUCCGAAUAGAAGACUAUCAGGAAGUUAGUGACGAUGAUGUGGAUUCAAUGGACAGUGGAGGAGAUGAUAAUGAAGACGAAGAAGAUGGAAGUAGUGAUGUUGAUUCGGAUGAUAGUGAACUUGAAAAAUUGGACGAACUCAGAAACCUAAGCGUUCCAAAUACCAAUGGGUUUGCUGGUGCUCCCAAUAUCUUUGAACAAGCCAUGAUCCAGUACAAACAAAAUUAUAAUGAAAAAAAUGCACAACUACUCAUUUGUUGUGGCUGUCUAGGCGAUCAAAGUGACGGUAUCAAUGAAAUCGUUGAAUGUGACAGUUGUGGAGUUACCGUCCAUGAAGCUUGUUACGGUAUAUCAGAUUCUGCAAGUUUAGCCAGCACUGAUUCCCUAUCUCCCACUGCCCCUUGGUUUUGUGAAGCUUGCAGAGCGGGUGUUCUUGAACCCAUUUGUGAACUAUGCCCCAAUUCAGGUGGUAUAUUCAAGGAAACCGAUGUAGGGAAAUGGGUGCAUUUGAUAUGUGCCCUGUACGUACCAGGGGUAGCUUUUGGAGAGGUGGACAAACUAACCAGUGUGACUCUGUUUGAAAUGCCUUACAGCAAAUGGGGGGCCAAAAGCUGUAGCCUGUGCACAGAUGAAAGAUUUGCCAGGACAGGUGUUUGUAUCGGAUGCGAUGCUGGAAUGUGUCGGACAUAUUUUCAUGUCACUUGUGCUCAAAGGGAGGGCUUCCUCUCUGAGGCACACUCAGAAGAGGUGGAUCAGGCUGAUCCUUUUUAUGCUCAUUGCAAAGCCCAUUCCGACAAGACUUUAGUGAAGAAAAGAAAAAGAAACUACCUAGCGCUACAGUUGAGGAUGCAUUACAGGAAACUGCAGUUCGAGAAGGAGGGGCAUAGGGAAAGUCCGGAGCAAGUGCGGAUACAGAGGAAACUGGAGAAGCAGAAACUCCACUAUUUGGAGUAUAAAAGGAGGAAACCGCCACCAUGGGUUCCGACUCAGAAAAUGCCGAGACUGAUAACGACAAGCGCGUCGGCAUGUCGAAAACUUCUACGCAAAGCCGAGCUAAUAGGCGUCGACACUUUAGCUUUGGAAAUGCACGAUGCUCAGUUGGCUGUGCUGGCAGACAUCAGGAAAAAAUGGCAUAUUCCGCCGGCAUUCACCGUCGAGUUUAUCGCUUAUUAUUUGGACAGGAACGACCGUCUCAAGGACAUGAAAGUCAUGUUGGAAUCCUUGAUGGCUAACAACAAAACUUUGCUGGACGAGCAACAGAAACUUAGAGCACAAUAUGACGAGAUUUUGAAAAAGAGUACGGACGUGAACGCCAAGAGCCUCGAACUGAAAACAACGAUUCACAAGUACCACUCCGCGAUCUUGAGCGCGUGCCCCACGAAAAAUCUGCCCAACAUCGAGGACCUGGGUAAACCGCCGGUUGCCCGGGCACCCCAACCCAUGCUGGUGCCCACCGCGGCGGCUUUAAAAAUGGGCGUCGGGUUUCCCCUGAAAAAUAUACCCAGCGGCAGAGCUGACAGGAUUCUUAGUAACCAAGCCAAAGCCACAGAACCGCUGCAGCUGAACGAGUGCGGCAUCUGCAGGCAACGCCGGGAUCAACACCUGUUGGCCAAGUGUGACACCUGUCACUUGUACUACCACUUGAAUUGCCUGAACCCGCCACUGUCUCGCUUACCGAAAAAAUCGAAGCUCUACGGCUGGCAGUGCUCGGAAUGCGAUAAAACAUCGGACUCUGAAGUCGAAGAGGUUAAGACGCCCAGGAGAAGCCGCAGCGUCUACAGCAGAGAAAAUCGCUCGGAAUCCUCUACGCCACUGUCUCCCAAACUGAAAAUCAAACCGGUGGAACCCCAAGAAGCGAUGACGUCACCAGAAAAUAGUCCUCCCAUAGAAAAAUCGAGGAAGAUCAGGAGACACUCUUCUGCUACGGAGAAUGAACAGAAACCUAAAAAAGAGAGAAAACAUCAAUCGACAAGCGAAAGUAACGCAGACCAUCACCUCAUCAGCGACGAUAAUGUUUUGAGAGAUACGGCCUUAGGAUCGCCUGGAAUCAACGACAUAGAAGUUAUUCUGGAUAAUGGCGUAGUUGACGCGCACGAAGGGCACAAAUCUGCUAAAAAACGACGGCGGGAGAAACACAGAAAUCGGUACAGCCCUGAACUAGGUUUGUCUGUCAAGGAGCACAAAAGGAAACGCAAGAAAAGAAGCUUAGAUAUAGAAGAGAACCUUCCCCAUCCUAGAAUAACUAUUAAGAUCAAACCUAUACCGCUGCCGGCUGGAGAAGUUGCUUCCGAAUCCAACCCUCAGUUUUACGUCCCCAAUGAUGCCGACGACAACGGUCCACCUCCACUCCCGCCUAAACAAGCAGCCCCUAGUCGAAAAAUAUCCACCGAACUAAGAAAAACUAGAAAGAGCCACAGCCCGAGGACAUCGUUAUCGGAUCCCCUGGCAGUACCACUGAGAGAUCCUCUAGAAAUUGUACCGCAUAGCAGACCAAGUCGGUCUAGCGGUUUAUCCAGGCCUAAAAUUCCCGGAGUCAUCACAGUUUUGAGUCACAGCUGUGACGUAUGUAGACAGGAUGCUACUAAUACCGAUUCAGUCAAGUGCGACGAAUGUCAAAAAUUAUAUCAUUUCUCUUGCUUGGACCCUCCAUUGAAGUCAUCACCUAAGAAAAGAGGUUAUUCUUGGCAUUGUGCCGAUUGUGAUCCUACCGCCUCUGAAUAAAUAGUCUAAACGGAUAUUCUCAACACUUUUUCAAUUAGCUGUUAAUUAUUUACAUUAGCAUUAAAUGUGUAAUAAUACGCGUAAAAUAAACAUUUAUACAUAUUUUGA